GAUCCCAACAUAGCCAAAAAUAAACGUCACUGUUCAUAGUCAAGUACCUUUCUAUUUUUACCGAAAAACUUUCAACUCUUCAUAUGUAUUGUGGCAUUCAAUACCAUUUCAAGCUCACAAAAAGAGAAUCUCGAAAGCUCCAGCCAAAAAUAACCCCGGCACAUCCAGCACCAUCCAGAAUCUUCGUUCAUACUUUUAAAUCUAACGACGAGCGGGCAGGUGCUCAGUGAAAUUGUCAUAUCAACUCAAGAAGCACUGAUUCGUCACAGAAAAUUUUAUAGAACUGAUUUCGAUUUAUCAUAGCGAAAGGGACACCAGAAUGACAAAAUCAACUGAAUCCCCUCUGGAGCUGAAGGAAAAAGGAAACACGGAAUUCCAGAAGGGAAAUUAUGAUGCAGCCUUGGAAUAUUACACGUCAGCCCUAAAGUUGACUGCGGAAGACACCCCGGAGAGGUCAGUCCUCCACAAGAACCGGGCUGCAGUCCACCUGAAGCAAAAAUCCUACAAAAACGUUAUUCAAGACUGCGACGAGGCCCUGAAGAUAAGCCCUAACGAUCCAAAAGCCCUCUUCCGGAGAUGCCAAGCCCUGGAGGCCCUAGAUCGUUACGAGGAAGCCUACAGAGAUGCGAGAUACGUCAUCAACGCAGAUCCCUCGAACAAGGCAGUUCAGCCCAUCCUCUCCAGACUCUUCGAAAUAGUCCAGGAACGUCACAAACAAAAUUCUCGAACGAGUGCUAAAGUCUCCCAAAUGUUGGAAAUGGCCUUCGACAUGACAACAGAUAAAGUGAAACGAGAAACUGCUAUGAACAAUCUCCUGGUGCUGGCGCGUGAAUCAGCUGGUGCUGAGGGUAUGUUCAAGGAGGGAGUCAUUGCGAGAAUCCUGAAGCUGCUGAAACUAGAGGGGAAAAACGAUGAAAUUGUCGUCUCAGCAGUGCGAGUGGUGGACGAACUGUGCAAACACAACAUCGAACGAACAGCAGUUAUCAUCAGGGAAAUUGGUGUUCCCUGGUUUCUCGAGAUGAUGAAUAGCAACUGCGAGGAGAGGGUUAAUGCUGCACAGCACUGCAUGCAGACUGUCAUCAACAGUUACAGUGGAUUGGAGAACAAGCCUGAGGCAAAGCCAGACAAAGAACUCUGUGAGAAAUAUAAAACUGAGAUAGACACAAUUCUCUCGUGUCUGGUGUUCAGCACAACAAACAGAACUCUGUCAGGACUAGCUAGGGAUGCUGUCAUCGAGCUGAUAAUGCGGAAUAUUCAUCACACAGCAUUGAACUGGGCGGAGAGGCUUGUGGAGAUCAGGGGGCUGCAACGACUGAUGGAAGUAGCCAGUGAACUCGAAGAGUACAAGUACGAGUCAGCAAUGAGUAUCACAUCAUCCACGAGAACAGUCACUAGUGUUUGUCUCGCUAGAAUCUACGAGAACAUGUGGCACGAUCAGUUGAAACAACAAUUUGGUGAAGCUAUUGAUGAGUACAUAAAGGAUAUGCUACUGUCGCCAGAUAUUGAAUCAAAGGUACGAGUCACAGUGGCAAUAACAACACUUCUACUGGGCCCAUUGGACGUGGGUAAUUCCAUUGUCGCAAGAGAUGGUAUCCUCCAGAUGAUUCUGGUGAUGGCUGAUACUGAUGAUUUACUCCAGCAGAAGGUCGCCUGCGAGUGCAUCAUCGCUGCUGCUUCGAAAAAGGAUAAAGCAACGACUAUUAUAAAUCAGGGUGUAAAUAUUCUGAAAAAAUUGUACCAAUCGAAGGACGAUGCCAUCAGAGUGAGGGCACUUGUGGGUCUCUGUAAAUUGGGAUCUUCAGGAGGUACUGAUGCCACUAUCAGACCCUUUGCUGAUGGGGCCACGAAAAAAUUAGCCGAGGCAUGCAGACGAUUUCUCAUUAGUCCUAAAAAGGAUAAGGAUAUGAGGAAGUGGGCAGUUGAGGGACUCUCCUAUUUGACUUUUGAUGCUGAAGUGAAAGAGAAACUUGUGGAGGAUCAGCAGGCAAUGCAGGCGAUGAUUGAAGUCGCAAAAACUGGUGACAAGUCUGUACUCUAUGGUGUUGUCACAACACUCGUCAAUCUCUGCAAUGCCUAUGACAAACAGGAGAUGAUUCCUGAAAUGGUGGAGCUUGCUAAAUUCGCAAAGCAACAUAUUCCUGAGGAACACGAACUCGAUGAUCCAGAUUUCAUCAAUAAGAGGUUGAUACUGUUGGCAAAGGCUGGGGUAACCACUGCUCUUGUUGCCCUGGCGAAGACUGACAGUCAGAACAGCAGAGAGUUGAUUUCGAGGGUUUUCAACGCUCUGUGCAGUCAACAGGAGGUCAGGGGAAUCGUUGUUCAACAGGGAGGGGCGAAGGCACUGUUGCCUCUGGCCCUUGAUGGUACUGACAAGGGAAAGAAACAGGCGUCACAGGCACUCGCUCGACUGGGAAUUACUAUCAAUCCUGAGGUGGCUUUUCCUGGCCAGAGGGUUAUGGAAGUUAUCAGACCACUUUUGAAUCUUUUGGAUCAAGAUUGCUCGGCCUUGGAGAACUUUGAGGCACUCAUGGCACUUUGUAACAUCGCUGGAAUCAGUGAUGCUGUCAGGAGGCACAUUCUGAAGGAGGGGGGAUUCCCCAAGAUCGAGGCUUAUAUGUAUGAACAGCAUGAAAUGCUCCAGAGGGCUGCAACGCAGGUCGUUAAUAAUUUAGUCAUGUGUGAUGAGGCUAUCAAGUACUUCGAGGGAGACAAUGACAGAAUCAAGUUUCUGGUGAUUCUUUGUGAGGAUGAGGAUGUUGAUACCAGUUUGGCUGCUUCAGGGGCACUUGCUAUGCUGACUUCUGUCAGUAUUAAAGCUUGUAAUAAGGUAUUUGAUUCGAAUAAUUGGGUUGAGUCACUCAGGUUUCUCCUGGGGAAUCCUAAUGCUGAUGUGCAGCACAGAGGAGUUGUCAUUGUUAGUAAUAUGAUCAAGAGCAAUAAGGAAAUUGCUACCAGAAUUAUCAUCACGGAUAUUAUGGAAAUAUUAAUGGCUAUUACAAAGAGUGAGGAUGUCAAGAAUCUUAAGGUCAAGGAGAUUGCACAGGAGGCAUUAGAGGCUGCUGCCAAGUGGGAGCUCAUUGAGAAACAGCCGGAGGAGGGUUCUGAGGUAGAGGGGGAUUCAUCGGAGAUGGAGAACGUGGAAUGAACUCCUUGAUGAAGUAUUUGAUUGAGAUCAGUUCUGUCGACCUUUCUCGGUUCAAUUUUUAAAUUAUUCAUUCAUUCUUUCCAUGAAGAAAAUGAAAGAAAAAACUUGGAAAAUUUAAUAGAUAAAAUGUCACGAAUUUAAUUUCUGGGGAUUAAAUUAUAAUUUUCAUGGAAUAUUUAAAUAAUAUUUGUGACUGCCUUUAUAGUAUUGAAUAUUAGAGGAAAAAGUCUCAAAUAUUUGUUUAUCUCAAAAUUCUUUUGAGAUAAACCUGACGUUUGUUUCUGAUACAUCAGUUCUGUUGUUCAACUGAUAAUUAAAAAAAUAAUAAUUAUCUCAGACCAUUGUUUACUGUUAAAUAAACCCAGGGUAGAAUUAAUAAUGACAUUUUACGAUGGAAUGACACAUUUAGCUCCAUCUCAUAUUAUGAAACUCAAUAAAUUUAUUUAUUGUUAUUGUACUUGAAGAAUUUAUUUGUAUAUAAAAUAUUAUAACUUUGUACAAGAAUUUUUGCAUAAAAAAUAUAUCGUACUGAGCGGUUCAUUGUCCCAUAAA